CGCCAGCUCCUCCAGCAGUGACCGGGCAGGUGAGACGUGCCGAUGCCGAGGCCAGAGACCAUGGCGCUGUGUCUGCUCACCUUGGUCCUCCCCCUCCUGCCCCCACAAGCUGCCACCACAGAGCAGGACCUUGGCAUGAACAGCACUGUGUGGGAUGGAGGGGGGUGUGUCUCCCAAGAGGGCCCCCAGAGCCUACAGUGCCGGCAGCUGUCUUGGAGCCAACAGACAGGUUCUGUGGUGAACACUGCCAUAGGUAAAACACUUACAAAACUCGCGAUGACGGGACUUGGUUCGAGAAACGGGUCCACCCCUGAGCUGACCUCCGACGAGAGCAGCAUGCAUUCAGAAACUCCUGGUGUCUCCAGUCCUGGGUUGACAUCAGUAGACCCAGGCACAACCUCAAAAUCUAACAAUGACAGCACCACACCUCUCCAAGGUUCUACUGAAGACCCUUCAUCUCCUACAACUUCUGAAGGCACUACCACACCCAUAUCAAAACAGAGUAAAGGGAGCAAUACAUCCAGAGAGCCGUUUCUCACAAAUAACACUAUGAACAGGUCUGCAACCAACACGUGUUUAACAUCUGGGGAUCCUACAACCACACUGGGGAACACCGAUACUCAGGCCAGUUCCUCUCUGACCGCUCCUGGAGGCAUCAUGAUGUCUUCACAUGCACGCAGUAGAGGAAGCACGCUAUCAACCACAGGGCCUGCCACCGACACACCUGGGGCCACUACUGAGGCCAGCACAUUGUCAACCCUUCCUGCAGGCACCAGUUCACCGGUGACCACGACUAUUCAGGGCAUUUCCUCCCCUACUGCUCCUGAAGGCACCACCACAUCCUCAACCGCUCCUGGUGGAGGAAGCACACCAUCAACCACUGAGCCUACCAGCAGCACACCUGGGGCCACUACCCAGGCCAGCACGUCAACAACCACUUCUGCGGGCACCAGCUCACUGGUGACCACGUCUACUCAGGCCAGUUUUUCCCCACCCAUUCCUGGAGGUGACACAACACUUUCAACCUCACCCGGUGGAGAAAGCAUGCCAUCAACCUCCGAGCCUGUGACCGCCACAAGUGGGGCCACUACCGAGGCCAGGACUCCAUCAACCGCUCCUGCGGGCAUCAGCUCACCAGUGACCACGUCUACUCAGGGCAGAUCCUCCCCUACCACUCCUGUAGGCGCCACCACGUUUUCAACUGCUCCUGGUGCAGAGAGCACGCCAUCAACCACCGAACCUGCCACCACCACACCUGUGGCCACUACGGAGGCCAGCACCUUGUCAACUGCUGCUGGAGGCAGCAGCUCACUGGUAACCACGUCUAUUCAGUCCAGUUUCUCCUCUACCAUUCCUGGAGGUGCAAGCAGGCCUUCAACCACUCCCGGUGGAGAAAGCACACCAUCAACCACUGAGCCUGCCACCCCCACACCUGGGACCACUACUGAGGCCAGCACCCCGUCAAUUCCUCCGGCAGGUACCAGUUUACCGGUGACCAUGUCUAUUCAGGGCAUUUCCUCCCCUACUGCUCCUGGAGGCACCACCACAUCCCCAACUGCUCCUGGUGGAGGAAGCACACCAUCAAACACUGAGCCUGCCACCCGCAUACCUGGGUCAACCACCGAGGCCAGCAUGCCAACAAGUGCUCCUGCAGGCAUGAGCUCACUGGUGGCCUCGUCUACUGAGGCCACUUCCUCCCCUAUCACUCCCGGAGGUGCCCCAACGCAUUCAACCUCUCCUGUUGGAGGAAGCACACCAUCAACCAACAAGCCUGCCACCGCCACACCUGGGGCCACUACUGAGGCCAGCACACUGUCAACCCCUCCUGGGGGCACCAGUUCACUGGUGACCACGUCUAGUCAGGGCAUUUCCUCCCCUACUGCUCCUGAAGGCACCACCACAUCCUCAACCGCUCCUGGUGGAGGAAGCACACCAUUAAACACUGAGCCUGUCAGCAGCACACCUCGGGCCACUACCCAGGCCACCACGCCAACAACCACUCCUGUGGGCACCAGCUCACCAGUGACCACGUCUACUCAGGGCAGAUCCUCCCCUACCACUCCUGUAGGCGCCACCACAUUUACAACCGCUCCUGGUGGAGAGAGCACGCCAUCAACCACCGAACCUGCCACCACCACACCUGGGGCCACUACGGAGGCCAGCACCUUGUCAACUGCUGCUGGAGGCAGCAGCUCACUGGUAACCACGUCUAUGCAGUUCAGUUUCUCCUCUACCAUUCCUGGAGGUGCAACAAGGCCUUCAACCACUCCUGGUGGAGAAAGCACACCAUCAACCACUCAGCCUGCCACCCCCACGCCUGGGGCCACUACUGAGGCCAACACCCCGUCAAUUCCUCCAGCAGGCACCAGCUCACUGUUGGUUACGUCUACUCAGUCCAGUUCCUCCCCUAUCAGUCCUGGAGGCGCCACCACGCAUUCAACCUCUCCUGUUGGAGGAAGCACACCACCAACCACCGAGCCUGCCACUGCCACACCUGGGGUAACUACUGAGGCCAGCACCCUGUCAACCUCUCCUGACGGCACCAGCUCCCAGGUGACCACGGAUACCCAGGCCAGUUCAUCUUCCAUAACUCUAGAGGGCACCACCAUGCCUCUGUCCACUCUGAGUGAAGGAAGCACUCUCAGCACCGCCCAUGUGACUAGUUCUGAGGCUCGCACACGUUCAAGCCCUCCUGUUGACACCCGCACACCUGUGACCACUUCUACCGAAGCCAGUUCAUCUCCUACCACUCUGGAGGGCACCACCAUUCCUACUACGAAGGAAUUUACAACAACUGCAGUGACUACUGCCACUACCCUCACGUAUGUGACCGUGUCUACUGCCCCCAGCACACCCAGCACAACCAUCAGAGGCUCCACUACCUCUACAUCAACUCUUUCUGCAGCCAGUACGCCUCACACCUCUAUUUCCGUCAUCACCCGUUCUGUGACCCCUCUGUCAGAAUCCAGCAUGUCGUCAGCAAUAUCUUCUCACACCGUCCCACCCGUGUUUCCUCCUGGUCACUCCAGUACACCUUCAACCACGUCUGCCUCCCCAACGCCUGUGACCACUGCCACUGUCACUACCAUGACCACCAGGACAAAUUCCAGUACACGGAUCACUUCCUCCCCCACGGUGACCACCACCACUGUCCCCAGGACUACUUCCACAAUUAAGAGCACAGCCACCUCAACUCCUGCUGUGCCAACAACCACACCACCGCAGUGCUUCAAUGGAGGAAAGUGGACAGGAGACUCCUGUGAGUGCCUCUCUGGCUAUAAUGGAGAUCGGUGCCAGUACGCGGCCGUUGUCUGCAAGAACGGAGGCUCCUGGGAUGGGCUCAAGUGUCAGUGUCGCUCCCCCUACAUUGGGGAGCUCUGUGAGGAGGUGUCCAACACCCUUGACAUAAUGCCGCCACAGACAGUCUCCGCCCAAAUGGAAAUGACUGUGACAGUGACCAGUGUGAAGUUCUCCGAUGAGCUGAAUGACCACUCUUCCGAGGAAUUCAAGAAUUUCAACAAGACAUUCACGGAAGAGAUGAACCGUGUGUACGCCGAUAUCCCUGAGUAUGCCGGGGUGAACAUCACAAAGCUACGGCAUGGCAGUGUGGUGGUGGAGCAUGAGGUCCUCCUAAGAACCAAGUACACACCAGCAUUCGAGACAGUGUUGAACAAUGCCAGCAUGGUUGUGAAAGAAAAAAUCACCAAAGUGACUGAGGAGCAAAUAAUGAUUAAUGAAAAUUGCACAGCCUUGCUGUGUUACAACACCAGUGGUACCCAGGUGCAAAACAUCACGAUGGCCCAGUACGACGCUGAAGCUGAAUGCCGGAAGGCAGCCGGGCCGGACUAUGAAGACUACUUCCUGGUGGAAUACCAGGACCAGCAACCAAAAUGCAUCAGCCCCUGCGAGUCCGGCUACAAGGCCUCCAAGAACUGUAACUUCGGCAAGUGCCAGUUGCUUCGAAGUGGCCCCCGGUGCUACUGCGUGACCACGGAAACUCACUGGUACAGAGGGGAAGCCUGUGACCAGGGCAUCCAGAAGAGUCUGGUGUACGGGCUUGUGGGGGCAGGGUGCGUGCUGGUGCUGAUCAUCCUGAUAGCUCUCCUGAUACUCACUUUCCGCUCCAGGAGAGAGGUGAAACGGCAAAAGUCCAAAUUGUCUCAGCUGUACAAGUGGCAAGAAGAGAAAGGUGAACCAGCUCCUGGAACAUUCCAAAACAUUGGCUUUGACAUCUCCCAAGAAGAAAAUGAUUCCAUCCACCUGGACUCCAUCUACAGUAAUUUCCAGCCCUCCCUGGGCCACAUAGACCCUGAAACAAAGAUCCGAAUUCAGAGGCCUCAGGUGACGAUGACAUCACUUUAAGGCAUGAAGCUGACAAGUCCGGGAGUAAGGAUAUUGCAGUCCGGCCAAGCUUGGUGGAACAUUUGCCCAUAAGGGGACUUCCAUGGGAACUCAAUUGAAACAAGCCCUGUACUUAUCAAGGAGAAAGAGGAGAGAGACAGCAGUGGUGGGAGAUUCUUAAAUAGAAAACCACGGAAGCUCCAACGGGCUUGUCAUGAUAUCAGGCUAGGCUUUCAUGCUCAUUUUUCAAAGAGGUUCCAGAUUUGAGGGUGAUAUGGCUGUAACAUAGGUCACCCCAUUGAUCGCCAAGAUUGAUUUGGCUGAUCUGGCUGGGUAGAUAGGUGUCCCCUUUCUUCCUCGCUGCUCCAUUUGUGUCCCUCCUAAUGCUGCACGCUCAGUUGAAGAGGAUGAGAGGACGACCCUCUCUGAUAGAGGAGGACCAUUCUUCUGUCAAAGGCAUAAAGGUAUCUGGAUGGACUUCCCUGCUAGAACUUCCAAACAAGCUCAGAGAAGUUCCUCCUCGCGUCUGCACGGGUUCAGCACCACGGACAGCGCCCUCGUCGCGCGGUUCUCAACUGUGACCCCUUCGACACCGUACUGCGUUUUACAUUUCAAAAAAUGCUCUCGUAAGAAUUACUGCAUAUUGUCUCAUGAAAAAAAACUUAUGUUUAAAUAUAUAGCAUUUGCCUUUAGUAUAUAAGAGUAUAGGUAUUUUUUAAAGUUCUUAUUUUUAUGAGUUCUGAUUUUUUCCUUAGUAAAUGUUAUACUAUAUAUUUGUAGAAGCUAAAAAUAAUAAAUCAACUUUAUUAUAAUUUU